CUUCCUCCCGGGAGGAGGGGCUCCAGUUCCGCGUCGUCGCGCAGCGCUGACUCUGGGAGGCGUUUGGGCCCGGAGAAGUGGAUCGGUCGCUUGCGCCGCAUGGAGUCCGAAUCCGACAGCGGAGCCGCCGCUGACACCCCCCCGCUGGAGACUCUAAGCUUCCAUGGUGAUGAAGAGAUUAUCGAGGUGGUAGAACUGGAUCCCGGCCCGCCAGACCCUGCAGAUGAUCUGGCCCAGGAGAUGGAAGAUGUGGACUUCGAGGAAGAGGAAGAAGAAGAAGAGGGCAAUGAAGAGGGUUGGGUUCUGGAACCCCAGGAAGGGGUGGUCGGCAGUAUGGAGGGCCCCGAUGACAGCGAGGUCACCUUUGCAUUGCACUCAGCAUCCGUGUUUUGUGUGAGCCUGGACCCCAAGACCAACACCUUGGCAGUGACGGGCGGUGAAGAUGACAAAGCCUUUGUGUGGAGACUCAGUGAUGGGGAGCUGCUGUUUGCGUGUGCAGGCCAUAAAGACUCUGUGACUUGUGCUGGUUUUAGUCAUGAUUCCACCCUGGUGGCCACAGGGGACAUGAGUGGUCUCUUGAAAGUGUGGCAGGUAGACACCAAGGAGGAAGUCUGGUCCUUCGAAGCAGGAGACCUGGAGUGGAUGGAGUGGCACCCUCGGGCACCUGUCCUACUGGCGGGCACAGCCGAUGGCAACACCUGGAUGUGGAAGGUCCCAAAUGGUGACUGCAAGACCUUCCAGGGCCCCAAUUGCCCUGCUACCUGUGGCCGUGUCCUCCCUGACGGGAAGAGAGCUGUGGUAGGCUAUGAAGAUGGCACCAUCAGGAUUUGGGACCUGAAGCAGGGAAACCCCAUCCACGUACUGAAAGGGACCGAGGGUCACCAAGGCCCUCUGACUUGUGUCGCUACCAAUCAGGAUGGCAGCCUCAUCCUUACUGGCUCUGUGGACUGCCAGGCCAAGCUGGUCAGUGCUACCACCGGCAAGGUGGUAGGUGUUUUUAGACCAGAGACCGUGGCCUCCCAGCCCAACCUGGGAGAAGGGGAGGAGAGUGAGUCCAACUCAGUGGAGUCCUUGGGCUUUUGCAGUGUGAUGCCUCUGGCGGCUGUUGGCUACCUAGAUGGAACCUUGGCCAUCUAUGACCUGUCUACGCAGACCCUCAGGCACCAGUGUCAGCACCAGUCGGGCAUCGUGCAGCUGCUGUGGGAGGCCGGCACCGCCGUGGUUUACACCUGCAGCCUGGAUGGCGUCGUGCGCCUCUGGGACGCCCGGACUGGCCGCCUGCUCACUGACUACCGGGGCCACACCGCUGAGAUCCUGGACUUUGCCCUCAGCAAAGAUGCCUCUCUGGUGGUGACCACCUCAGGUGACCACAAAGCGAAAGUAUUUUGCGUCCAGAGACCCGACCGUUAAGGACUGCAGCCUCUGGCCUGGUGUCUGGUGUUGAGGGGAUAAAGGGAGAAUCCCGUCCCCCACCACCAGCAGAGGUGCAGGGUACAGAGGAAAGGAGGGGAGGGGACUUGGACUACUUUCCCACCCCUCAGCUGACUUGCCCCUCUGUCCUUUUCUCCUUGUUAGACCCACCCACGGGCGCUCCCUUCCCCUCGCCCAGCCCUGAGGCACUUCGAGGGAGGGUGAUUCUUCUCUUUCACUUGCUGGUGUGAGCCAUGGGGUAAAUAUUUGUAUGUGGGGAGUAGGUCUUUGAGGUUCCCGUUCUUUCCCUUCCCAAGUCUCUGGGGAUGGAAAGGAGGAAGAGAUACUAGUUACAGAUUUUAAAAAUGUAAAUAAAAUAUACUUCCCAGAG